GCGGGCAGCGGGCCGGCGGCGGCGGGGCGAUGGCGGGGCGGCGGCGGCGAGGGCUGCUGCUGCGCUGGCUGCUGGUGGGGCUACUGGGGGGCGGCGGCGGCGGCCAGCCCGGCGGCGGCGAGUACUGCCACGGCUGGGUGGACGGGCAAGGGGGCUACCACGAAGGCUUUCAGUGCCCCGAGGGCUUCGACACGGCGGCCGCCACCAUCUGCUGCGGCUCCUGCGCCCUGCGCUACUGCUGCGCCGCCGCCGAGGCCCGCCUGGAGCAGGGCGGCUGCACCAACGACCGGGAGCCCCCGGACCCGGGAGUCACCGCCCAACCGAUCUACGUCCCAUUCCUCAUUGUUGGAUCAAUAUUUAUUGCCUUCAUUAUCGUGGGCUCUCUGGUAGCGGUUUAUUGUUGCACGUGUUUAAGACCUAAACAACCGUCGCAGCCCAUACGGUUUUCUCUGCGGAGCUAUCAGACCGAGACUCUUCCCAUGAUCCUGGCCUCCACCAGCUUCAGGACGCCGUCCAGGCAGUCCAGUACUGCCACGAGCUCCAGUUCCACCGGCGGCUCCGUUCGCAGGUUCUCCUUUCCCCGGGCAGAGCCAGGGUGCCUUGCGGCAUCGCCACCCCCUCCGUACACAUCCGGCUGCUUCCAGGCAGCCCACGCCGUCCACCUCACCCAGCCAUCGGGAUUUCUGGUGUCGCCGCCGUACUUUGGGUAUCCUCUCCAGCCAGAGCCUGCCCUGGCUGGGAAGAGCUGCUCCGAUUUUAGUCAGAGCUGAAAGGAGUGGUCAAGAAAUGCCGGGCGUCUUGGGAAGCUGCUGCCGGGGCUCACCCUGACGCGCUCUGGGGCUGCGGAAGCCAGAACCGUUCCCGUGGGUGAGUUGCCCUUGGAAAAGCACAAGGUCUCGUUUGGGAGCUCAUUUCCCGAACUUGGAUCACACUCACGAAUGAAUUGUAAAAUAUCCCAAACUUAGUUGCUCUAAAUCAAGUGACCGCUCUGAGUCGUUCAGUCUAAUUUGCGCGGAACGUGUUCGGAGACAAGUAGAAAAACCGUUUUGGGAUAAAAUUACUCAUUUCAUGGUGUUAUAAAUGGCGUUUUAACCUUAAGUGCUAUUAACUUAGUUAACAGACGGUGGCUGCGUUCCACUGGUAAUAAUCAGACUAGUUCUAUAAAGCAGCGCUAAGCGUGAGAAGUCAGAGAGGAACUAGACUAAAGAGAAGAGUUUGCGGAUGCCGAAAAGAGCUGACUGCUUCCCGCUUCCAUGAGCAAUGAAAAUAAAAGAAAGUAUUUUGCUAUAGAUAUCAAAAUGCGUGGGGUUUUUUAAAAUACACAUAAUAUACCUGAACUUACACCGCAUAUUUGCAUUAGUAAACUGUAACUACGAUAGGUAAAACUAGUACUAAUUACGCUAGUUGAAAACGUGCCAGUCCCAAGCAGCCAAACCAUUAUCUAUGAGAAAAGCAGAAUGUAUUCAGCAAUAUCACUAAUAAGUUCUCCGCAGAAAAUUCUAAAAAUGGCGCUAUAUUAAAGCAUAUUUCAGAAGGAAGUAUUUAUUGUUGCCUUUUUGCUCAGCAACGUGUGUUAAGUUGGCCGAACCGAUCGCGAAGUUCUAUUUGUAAAAUUAGCCAUGUAUGAAAUGUAAAGACAAGCUUGUAAUUUAAAAUGUAUUUACAGCAUUGACAACACUAAUUAUUUAGU